UAUAAGGCGGGGCGGCGCGCGCGGCGGUCCUUGAUACCGUUCAGUCGUGCUGGAGAACACUACGCUGCUCGUCCCUCCUGCCACGCUCACCAUGACGGCCAAGCCACCUUACAAAGUUGCCGACAUCAACCUUGCCGAUUUUGGUCGCAAGGAAAUUGUUAUGGCCGAGAAAGAGAUGCCAGGGCUGAUGAGUCUACGUAAGAAGUAUGGGACCGAGAAGCCACUGAAGGGUGCACGAGUGGCUGGAUGUCUACACAUGACCAUUCAGACUGCUGUUCUUAUUGAGACACUUACUGAGCUUGGGGCAGAAGUACAGUGGUCAUCAUGCAAUAUCUUCAGCACCCAGGACCAUGCUGCGGCAGCCAUCGCCAAGUCUGGUGUACCAGUGUAUGCAUGGAAGGGAGAAACUGAUGAAGAAUACAUCUGGUGUAUAGAGCAAACACUCAUCUUCCCAGAUGGAAAACCUCUGAACAUGAUUCUUGAUGAUGGAGGUGACCUGACCAAUCUUGUUCAUGAGAAGUACCCCAAUAUGCUGGCUGACAUUAAGGGCCUUUCAGAAGAGACUACUACAGGUGUACAUAACUUGUUCAAAAUGAUGCGCGAGGGCAAGCUGAAGGUUCCAGCCUUCAAUGUUAAUGAUUCAGUCACGAAGAGCAAGUUUGACAAUCUGUACGGAUGCCGCGAGUCCUUAACCGAUGGCAUAAAGAGAGCAACUGAUAUCAUGUUAGCUGGAAAAACUUGUGUUGUGGCUGGUUACGGUGAUGUUGGUAAAGGUUCAGCGCAGUCUCUCCGUGCAUUUGGUGCUAGAGUUCUAAUCACAGAGAUUGAUCCCAUCAAUGCCUUGCAAGCUGCUUGUGAAGGUUACCAGGUUACAACUAUGGAUGAUGCUGUGAAGCAGGGAGCCUCCAUCUUUGUGACAACCACAGGUUGCCGUGACAUUAUUGCUGCAGAGCACUUCAUGGCAAUGAAGGACGACUCUAUAGUCUGUAACAUUGGCCAUUUCGAUAUUGAAAUUGAUGUAAAGUGGUUGGACGAGAAUUGUGUAGAGAAGAUAAACAUCAAACCUCAGGUUGAUCGUUACCUCCUGAAGUCUGGCAACCAUGUGAUUCUGCUUGCAGAAGGGCGCUUGGUGAAUCUAGGCUGUGCCAUGGGCCAUCCAUCUUUUGUGAUGUCAAACUCAUUUACUAACCAGGUCCUUGCACAAAUUGAACUGUGGACCAAACCUGGACAAUAUCCAAUUGGUGUUCAUUUCUUGCCCAAGAAGCUGGAUGAAGAGGUCGCAAGACUUCACCUUGACCACUUAGGAGUAAAAUUAACAAAACUUAACGCAACUCAGUCCGAAUAUUUGGGACUUCCAGUUGAAGGACCGUUCAAGCCUGAUCAUUACAGAUAUUAAGAGUACAAUAAACUAAGCAUGGUCUCUUGCCCCUUUCAGUGAAAUGUUUGUUCUCUUCUAGUCAUUAAUCACUUGAUGCUGUCAGAUUUUAAAUUUUGAAAAGUAUUUUAUGCAGAAUUGAAUUCUGAUGUGAUAAAUUAAAAGUUUAAUAUUUACUUGGGAAAAUUGGAAUAAAUUAUCCAGUAAUUGUAUAUAAAGUGGUUAUGCAGAGAGAACAGCAUUGCAUUGUUGCAUAUGAGUGAUGAAUGUAUUAAGUGUGGGAAUUUUCUACAAAAUAUAUAAUUUAUAUAAUUAUUUUUAUCCUUUUUAAAACGUGCAGUUUGUCUAGAUUCAUAAUGCAUUUGUUUACUUAAUUUUAUAAUAAUUUAAUUAUAAAGUGCUAUAAUCAACUUAUUCUUAAAAACAGUACAAACUAUUUAAGUGCCAGCUGACAAUUGUAUUUGCAUUAAGCAUAACCUGCGUGUUUAUUUAGUCUUUGUAAUGUUCAUAGUGCAGUGGUCUAACUAAAUGCCCUGGUAUCUAAACUUGUGUGUAUCCUAUUCCUUUGUGGGCCUUUAUGGUACCUUUUCUAUAUGUACUUUUCUACUUAAUCUUUUGAAAAGGCUGGUAACACUGAAAUUCUAAACACCUAUUUUGUGUGCAUGAUCAUUCAUAUUCACUGACCCCCCCCCCCCACAUACGACUGAGCACCGUAUCUCUGCUAAUGUCCUAGUCCAUAAUACAGGUAUGAGUCAGUUCACCAAGUCCAGAUUAUUUUGAGAAUGUAUGUUUGUUUAUACUGGUAUGUACGAUUCAAUUUGCCAGUAAUUUGAGGCGAAAUACAUCCACUGUGAUGCUUCCUUAUUUCUGGUUUCAUGUUUAUACCAGUCAAAAAUAUUUAAAUUCACAUCCCUA